CCGAGACAAUGAUAUCACCUUUCAAUACUACUUGAAUAUGCGUUAUCAAGGGACCGAAACAUCUAUCAUGGUUCUGAAGCCGCAGGAAGGUGAUUUCAAGGAAGAGUUUAAGAAGGCACACCUUCGCGAGUUUGCCUUCUUGUUUCCUAAUGAGCGGCCAAUUUUUGUGGAUGAUGUUCGUGUUAAGGGCAUUGGGGCAAGUGGAGGCCUGGGUCCAGAUGGAACCCAGCUCGAUGCGCAGUUGAGAAAAACAUCUUUCGCCGUUGUAUCGAAGGAAAUAGCAGAGCGCACAGUAAGAUACCUCUCCCUUUUACUUAGUGAUGAGUGGCUAAACGAAAACAGACGAUGGUGUAUCUUGAAGGCCCGGGAAAUUGCGCCACGCCUGUGUACCUGUUGCAGAACCUCUCACCAUCUGUAAUUGUCACUGGACCAGCCGUCAUCAUUGACCAAACCCAGACACUCGUCAUUACGCCGAAUGCUGAGGCUAAGAUCCUGAAGUCUCACGUCGUUAUCGACGUCAAAGCGAGCGCAUCGCCUGUUUUGAAGGACCCCACAUCAGUAGAUCAUAUCCAGUUGUCGGUAUUCGGUCAUCGCUUUAUGAGCAUCGCGGAGCAAAUGGGUCGCGCUCUACAGAAGACCUCGGUCUCGUUGAACAUCAAAGAACGCUUGGACUUUUCCUGCGCUUUAUUCGGACCAGACGGGGGGCUUGUGGCCAACGCUCCCCAUGUUCCUGUCCACCUCGGGUCGAUGAGCUACGCGGUGAAAUUUCAGCACGAGCUGCACAAGGGCAAGCUUGCUCCUGGGGAUGUUCUAGUAUCAAAUCACCCAGAAGCCGGUGGAACACAUUUACCUGACAUAACAGUCAUUACGCCUGUUUUCGAAAGAUCCGGGAAAGAAGUUGCGUUUUACGUCGCCUCGCGCGGCCACCACACCGAUAUUGGAGGACUUGGGGGUACAUCUAUGCCGCCGAACUCUACAGAGCUCUGGCAAGAAGGUGCUGCAAUUCGAUCAUUUAAGCUUGUUCACGCUGAACACUUCGAUGAUGAGGGUAUCACUGAAAUCCUUCUCAGUCCUGGGCAGUACGCAGGCUGUUCAGGGAGCCGUCACAUUUCGGAUAAUAUCUCCGACCUGAAAGCCCAGGUAGCGGCCAACCAUAAGGGAAUGAUGCUUGUUCAGGCUCUGAUUGAGGAAUACACGCUACCGGUGGUUCAGCUAUAUAUGGGCGCCAUCCAGUCCAACGCCGAGCUUGCUGUCAGAGCCUACCUUCGGUCGACCUGCGAGAAGCUGGGAUCUCACCUCAUAGCCGAAGAUCAGAUGGACAACGGCUCACUCAUCAGACUCUCAAUCACCAUCGCUUCAGAUGGAUCAGCCGUCUUCGACUUUACCGGCACUGGCUGUGAACUCCUCGGCAACAUCAACGCUCCACCGGCUAUCACACACUCUGCUAUAAUCUAUACCAUGCGCCUGUUGAUUGGCACUGACAUCCCACUCAACCAAGGCUGUCUGGCCCCGAUCGACGUUAUCCUUCCGAAAGGAUCUUUUCUCAACCCAUCCGCUGGUCCUGCCGUGUGCUCUGGGAACACAUUGACUUCACAGCGCAUAGUCGACGUGAUCCUUCGCGCAUUCCGCGUAGCCGCAGCCUCACACGGUUGCAUGAACUGUCUCGGGUUCUUUGGCGAGGGAGGUAAGGAUAAAGACGGCAAUCGGCUAAGCGGCUAUGCGUAUGCCUUUGGGGAGACAAUUUGCGGUGGUUCCGGCGCUACAGCUAUCCAAGACGGCGCUUCAGGUGUGCACACGCACAUGACCAAUACCAGGAUCACGGAUCCUGAGAGCCUCGAGAAGCGUUACCCGGUGAUUCUGCGCGAGUUUGCCAUUCGUCAGGGCACUGGGGGAAGGGGGAUUCAUAAUGGAGGUAAUGGAGUCGUCCGUGAUAUCGAAUGUCGGGCACCUUUGAGCUUUAGCGUUAUCACGGAGCGGCGAAGCAUACCUCCAUACGGAAUGAAUGGAGGGGAGCCAGGAGAACGAGGUGCGAAUUACUGGGUUCGUCGUGUGAGAGAAGGGGACAAGGAGGAAUGGCGAUGGGUGAAUAUGGGAUCGAAGAAUAUGGUGAGGAUGGAAACGGGGGAUAGAUGCGUCAUACACACACCGGGUGGAGGUGGCUGGGGGCAGGCAGACCUGAACCGAGUCCGUUCGAAUGGGCAAAGCACAAGCGCUCAGCAGGCUCAGGCCCAAUAUCCGCGCGCGUCGGGUAGCGUGGCUGCUUUUAUUGCGGCUCAAGAGGGUGCCUCAUGAUUUUGUCUUUGCUGAUCAUUAUUCGGGCUGAUAUAGAGC